AUGUCCCCUGUCCGAGCACUUAAACGCCGCCCCUGGCCACUGUCAUGGGCGGCCAUUCCCAAACUUCCAGUGAAGGAAGCCAUUGAAGAGGAAUGUACGCCGUACUAUGAUCCCGCACGAUUCUAUCCAGCACGGUUGGGUGACAUCUUGAAUGGCCGGUAUCAACUCGCAACGAAACUCGGUUAUGGUAGUAACUCAACGGUCUGGCUCGCUUGGGAUCUGAACCAAUGGCGCUGGUUAAAAGAGAAAUACGUUGCUCUCAAGGUAAAUUCAAGUGCUCAUCACUCUCGGCAGAACGCUGCUCAAGCUGAACUAGACAUCCUACGACACAUCUCUGAAGCAAAUCCCCUGCAUAAGGGUUGGGGAUUCGUCACACGUCCUCUCGAUUUGUUCACUAUAGAGCGUGGGUUGGCGAGACAUCUCAGCCUUGUCUUUGAACCUUUGCGAGAACCCCUCUGGAUAUACCGCCAAAGGUUCACCGGUGAUGUGAUACCGUCAGAUGUGCUGAAGGUUUUACUUCAGAUGAUGCUUCAUGGACUUGACUAUCUCCACUCUGAGUGUCAUGUUAUUCAUACCGAUUUGAAACCCGACAAUAUAAUGAUCAAAGUUGAGGAUCCAUCUAUCUUGGACAACUGUUUGCUCAGAUGGCCGCACCUCUCUCGGAAUGACUUCGGCAUCUCCGACAAGAUCACCGGCAUAAUCCAAAUCACUGACUUUGAUUUAUCUGUCCGCGGAGAUAGGCCAAACAGUGGAUGUAUCCAAGCAGAAAUAUACCGAGCCCCAGAGGUUAUUCUGGAAGCAGGCUAUUCGUACAGUGCCGAUAUCUGGAGCUUAGGUGUCAUGUUGUGGGAUGUCCUUGAAGGCAAAAAGCUAUUCAAGGAGGUGGAUCCUCUCGAAGUUCAAGAAUAUGAUGAGCUUAACCACCUUGGCCAUAUCGCUGCAUUGGUAGGCCCUCCUCCAAAGGAACUUCUAGACAAAGGAACAAGAACUGAUCGUUCUUACACAUCUGAUGGGCAAUUCAAAGGUAGGACUGUCGCACCAUUGGACUUCAACUUCGAAUGUUCAAUAUGCAACAUACACGAUGAGGAUAAGAGGAUGUUCAUCGAGUUCGUACAAAGGAUGAUAAAAUGGCGCCCAGAAGAACGAAGUACCGCAAAGGAAUUACUACAGGAUCCAUGGCUUUAUGCGGAUUUUGAUUGA